AUGACGGAGCAGGACGUCAUCAUCGACCGCACGGUCCGCGUCUUCGAGAAGAACGAGGCCUCCAAGGCCGCGCAGGCCGCGGCCUGGGCGGACCAGAAGCGCCGCGAGGAGAAGCGCGGCGACACGCCCCUCAACGCGAAGAUGCGCGAGCGCGAGCACGCGAAGAUCACCGAGGCCUUCAAGCCCGAGGUCGAGCACUUCCCCAUCUCCAAGUCCCAGCGCGAGCGCGAGAGCCGCCUCGGCCUCGUCCCCUACGACCGCCGGCCCCAGAAGCCCUACGUCCGCCUCGUCGACGGCAAGCCCUACCGCCACGGCAUCAACCGGUGA